AUGCUGAUAUUGAGACCAACGCCCAAGUUUGUGUGCAACACUAAGAUUAGUGUCCACCACUGGCAAUUAUUGGACUUGUUACAUUACGAAAGCGCAACAAACCGACUCUAUUAUACCAAGGUUGAUGAGAUUCGCCGUCUCGAAAUCUGUCAGAAUCAAGCACGUCUGGAACGGCACUUUGAGCUCAAAUACCUCCCAAAGUGUUCUAAUGUGGCAUCCAACGGGGUAACUGUAACCGGAGGAGUGCUUCAACCAAAUCUGGCAGUGUCACAGCUGUUUGAAUCAUUGGAAAUGCCCACGGCUUUGGAGCCCGGCAAAUGUUGCAAGAUUCAGCGCCCGCGCAGCUCCAAUCAAGGCUUAUUCUCAUAUUACAGUCCUGAAACCGGGGCCCAUACGACAGUCAAGUUGGGCGAAAUGAUCAAUAACGAUGUUAAGAUUUAUGACUCAAACUCCUCGCAAUUCUCAGCAUACGCUUGCAAUAAUGACCUGUUUUUAUACUGCAUGGACGUGAACAACUCCAGUCAAAUUAGCGUAACAGCCAAAAUCAACUGUGAGCUCAACACCUGUCUAAAUAACGUCAUUCGCAAUCCCAUGUGCCAUCGUUUGCUUACAGUACUGGGUGAUACCUCGCUGAUAUUCAUGGUUGACCCGUCACUGCCUCAGCCUGUCAUCAAAACCAUCGAUAGCAAGCACGAUCUGGGAUUCGGUAUCGCAUACCACAAUCUGGGAACUAUGUUCUCACUGGUGUUUCAAGAUGGGCUGUGUCUCAUUUAUGAUAUCCGCAAUUUGCUGGGCAAGUUGGCAGAAAUCCGGAGUACUCGCCCUGGUAUCCUGGCAGGAGCGUUAAGGUUAUGCAAGUUUUCACCCGGUAAUACCCAAGAUGACCUCUUGGUUCUCUCUGAACAUGCCGGCCGCGUCCAUCUUGUCGAUAUGCGUCACGUCACUGAUGAAAAACACGAAAGCCAUCAAGUCAUAGUUCUCCCUGGUGCCUUGGAGCAGUAUGCCGAUUUUAUGGUACAAAAUAAGCGAAGAGUCGAGAAGCUUCGAGGUGAUGAUGACGCCAUGUCCGAAUUAAACGCAGAUGUUUCAGUUCAUGAUGUUUUGACGCUUUACAAUGAUCAAAUUCGCAACUAUCCUCUGUUUUCUGCGCCGUUAGUCUAUUGUUACGACUACUUGAUCAAUGAGAACCCCCAAUUAUUCAAGAACUACUAUUAUCAACCACCACCUCCUCCACCUGCCCCACACUCCGUUCCCCCGCGUUUCAAAAGUCCCCAGUGGUCAUCCACAACACAAGCCCACGUAGAUGAUCCUGCUGUGGCACCUAAAGACCAAGGUCUUUCAUGGCAGAGUCUGCUCGAAACUGACGUUUUCGAGGAGGAGGACGAGGAGAAAGAUGAUGAAAAGCUUUUUGCAAGUUAUGUGUUCCACGAGAGAUCAUACUCGACAACUUCUGCCGAUAACUUGGAUGGUGAAAUGCUCAUUGCUGGUCUUGAGUACUACUGCCCUCCCAAUGAGGGUGGCCGCAUUGUAGUGGGUACUAAACUGGCAGGGCUUAUUGCUUGGGAAGUAAACGCUAUUGCCCGCCGGGGUAUCUCAGAUGCCUCACUUGUAUAG